AUGUUAAUGUACAUAGAUGAUCACAGAAUAAGAUUGUGGAAAAAGAGUAGGUUUUACUUGAAAUACUACAACGAAAGCAUGUGCAGUGACUUAGACACUAAUAACACCCUCAGACACAACAACAACCUUUACUGCCUUAUUGUGAUUAAUUCAAUACAGCUAAAGAAUGUCCAAAGAAAUCUUCAUAUGUAUGGGAUGGCAAGACUUCUACUCAUUUAAUUUGUUGCACAACAUUUGUUAAUGACACUGAUGAGAAAUGUUAAGCAUUUUCAAAUAUUAAUUGUAGUUUCAUACAAUAUUGAAGUGUAAUGCAAAUUUAAUACAAAAGGAGAAGUUUGUAUUUGGAAUACAAAUACUGAUCCUGUUACUUGUGCUGAUAAAUCAUGUGCUACUGCACCAAAUACAUCAUUUAGUGAUCAUCAUACAUAUAGUGUAUAUUUGACUCGAUGCAGAUGCAAAGUUAAUGUUUUUGAUGUCAAUUGA